AUGCGAGUGGAUGAUGAUGGUCCCAUUGUUGUUGGUGGCGAUGCUAAAGCAACCGAUGGUAUCUGUGUUGUUUAUGUUGUUGGUGUAUUAGUUAUUGAUGAUGAUGAUGAUGAUAUAGAAUUAUGUAUUGCAAUAAUUCAUUCAUUCA